AUGGAUGCACAAUUCGUAGGGUCAUUGGAAGAGACCUUGAAGCAAACUUUGACACCGGACUCAUCGGUGAUCAAGCAAGCUUCACAAAGAUUGAGCAAGGAGUUUUAUCCCCAUCCUCAAGCAUUACCUGCAUUAUUGCAAAUUUUACAACAGUCCAAUCAAGAUGAAGUCAAGCAAUUAGCUGCUGUCGAGGCUAGAAAAUUGGUAGCUGACAACUGGCCAUCUGUUGAUACCUCGUUGAAGCCAAGUUUGAGGGAUUCGUUAUUGAAGAGCACUUUUAGUGAACAAAACAAACGUCUUAGGAACGUUUCGGCUUAUUUAAUUGCUGCUCUUGCGGAAACUGACUUGGAUGCUAACGAAUGGCAGGAUUUGUUACCAACGUUGGUCAAUGCCAUUCAAGGCGAUGAUCCAAAGGUCAAGGAAGUUGCUACUUUCACCUUGUACGCCUUAUUGAACUCGGACAUUUCAGCCUUGCUUCCUCAUGUUGAUGAUUUUGUGUCUUUGUUUGGCAAUUUGAUUAGAGACCCAUCAUCAAAGGAUGUUAGGGUUUAUUCUGUGUUAUCUUUGGAUGCACUUUCGCAAAUUCUCGAAGAUAAUGACGAAGUAACAGAUCAAGUAAUUGAAAAUUUCAAGGCAACGGUCCCAGGAAUGGUGGAGGUCUUGCAAGAAGUGGUGACGUCAGAUGACACAGAGCUGGCUCAACAAGUUUUCAGUGUUUUCAACAGUUUAGUACUCACAGAUUCCAAAUUGUUGGGCGACCAUUUGGUCAGUUUGAUAAGAAUGAUUAGUGAAUUGGUCUUGAACACUCAAUUGGACGAAGAUUACAGAAUUUUUGGUUUACAAUUUUUAAUCUCGUGUGUCACAUACAGAAAAUCGAAAAUUUCUUCCAACAAAUUAGGUCCACAACUUACAAUGGUCGGGUUGAAAGUUGCAUCUGAAGAAAUAGAUGUUGACGAUGAGUUGGAGAAUGAAGAUGAGGAGAACGAAAAUGAAGAAAAUUCUCCUCCUUCCUUAGCUUUGAGGCUACUUGCUGUUUUGGGUGCCGAAUUGCCUCCAUCUCAAGUGAUUGAUCCGUUGUUUGAGGCUCUUGAACCGUUGUUGACAUCUACAAAUCAGUUUGAAAGACGUGCUGGUAUUCUAGCCAUUGGUGUCUGUUCCGCGGGUGCUCCUGACUAUGUCUCUCUCCGGAUCCAGAAAAUCAUCCCAGUGUUGAUCAACGGAAUGAAGGACUCGCAACUUGUCGUGAGAGUCGCUGCACUUAGAACCUUGUCGCAAUUGACUGCAGAGCUUCAAGACAUUGUCACCGAUUACCAUGAAGAAUUGUUGCCUUUGAUCAUUGAAAUCAUUGAUUCAGCCUCCUCGGUCAUGGCUUACAAAUAUGGUUGUAUUGCACUAGACGGCUUGAUUGAGUUUAUGAGCCAUGAUGCCAUGGGUAAGUACAUUGAGCCAUUGAUGCAUAAAUUGUUCUACAUGUUACAGCAAGCAAAUACACCUACCUUAAAAACAGCCAUUGUUUCAGCUAUUGGUUCAACUGCAUUUGCUAGUGGUAAAGGAUUCACCCCGUAUUUUGAAGAGUCAAUUAAGCAAUUAGAACCAUUCAUCUCUAACUCCGCGUCUGUGGAAGGAAUGAGUGAAGACGAUAUUGAGUUGAGGGCCACCACUUUUGAAAACAUCUCAACCAUGGCUAGAGCUGUCGGUUCUGCGGCAUUCUCAUCUUACGCCAAGCCCUUGGUUGAAGCCGCUUACACGUCAUUGAACUCUGAACAUCCUAGAAUUAGAGAAUCGGGAUUUGCUUUUAUUGCAAAUAUGGCAAAAGUUUAUGGUGCAGAGUUUGCCGGCUUUUUGGACCAAAUCGUGCCACAAAUUUUAACCUGCUUGGGUCAAGAGGAGUUCACGUUCAAAACCAAUGAAGAUGAAGAAGGAGACGAUGAUUUCGGUGGAGAUGAUGAAGAUGAUGAUCCUUUAAAAGUUCAUACCGGUAUCACCAUUGAAAAAGAAAUUGCGUCUGUGGCUCUCGGUGAGUUGGCCAUUGGAACUGGAAAGGAAUUUUUUAAAUACGUUGAGCCUUCGUUGGCUGCUUUGAUUGACCAAGUUGAGGGCUCAUUUGGUAUGAGAGAAGCCGCCAUGAAUUGUGUAUUCAAAAUUGUCAAGGCUAUGUUUGUCGCUGUUCAAGGUGAGGAUUUCAAGGCUCCAAAGGGUGUUCCACAACAACCCUAUGUGGAUUCUAAUAUUCUUGCUCUUAUUGAAAAGGUUAGAGAUUUGGCAAUUCCAACCUUGGAAGCUGAGUUUGAGGCUACCAUGGUGGCAUGUAUUCUCGAUUGUGUAGCUGAUGCAUUGCAUGUCAUGGGGGCUAUAUUUAUCGUUAAUGAUGCUAGUGAAACGAGUUCUUUGGAAAACUUGUGCAUCUCGUUAAUGAACUUGUUAAAGAAGGAGCAUCCUUGUCAAUUGGAAGAAGAAGAGAUGCCACAGGAAGAGGAUUCGUCUGAGACCGAAGUUUUGCUCAACGAGGCUGCAUUGGAAGUAUUGGUAAACUUGUCAAUUGCCUUGGAAGGAGAUUUUGCAAAGAUUUUUGCUUCAUUCAAGGAUCCAAUUUUGGCCAAAUUCAAUAGCAAGUCGAAACCAACCAAGGUUGGCUCCAUUGGUGCUAUUGCUGAAAUGGUUGGUGGAAUGAAAGCCGCCAACCCUUUUUCAGCAGAGUUACUCCCUAUAUUUAUAAACAAACUUGCUCAUGACAAGUCUAUUGAAGUCAAGGGAAAUGCCGCUUAUGGUAUUGGUUUGAUUGUUGAGUACAGCCAAGUCGACUUAUCCGCCAGUUAUCCUCAAAUUCUUGAGUUGCUUUUCCAUUUAUUGAACAAAGUGGAUAAAAAGGCCAGCUCGGCUGACGAUGAAGAAGCCAAGGAUGUUGUCAAUAGAUCUUAUGCCAAUGCUUGUGGUUGUGUUGCUAGGUUGAUCUUGAAAAACCAACAAGCUGUUCCCUUGGAGCACGUAUUGGGACCAUUGUUGGGGCAUCUUCCAUUGGAAACUGGUUUCGAAGAGAAUACACCAAUAUUUGAGGCUAUUAUCAAAUUGUAUGAGUCUGGUAACGAAAGUAUUGUGUCACAAACUCCUAAAAUCGUGGACAUAUUUGCCGGUGUUUUCAAAGCCGAAGAGGACAGAAUUAAGUUGAUUAAUGAAAGUACAUUAGGAAGAGAGGAAAACAUUGAUGCAAGAAAGCAGUUUUCAUCUGAAGCAUUGAAAACAAAGGUUGUUGAGCUUUUGAAGUUCUUGAAUCAAAAAUAUGAUGGCGUGGUGUCGUCAAAUGAGACAUUGAAAACAAUCAUACAAUAA